GGAGGCUUCUGCGCAUGCGCGCUGAGGCCUGCCUGACCGACCUUCAGUAGGGCUGGGGCUACCAUGUUCUCUCGCGCGGGCGUAGCUGGGCUGUCGGCCUGGACCUUGCAGCCUCAAUGUUACCAGGAGACUAAAGUCCAUCAAAAACAUCCAGAAAAUUACCAAGUCUAUGAAAAUGGUAGCAGCAGCAAAAUAUGCCCGAGCUGAGAGAGAGCUGAAACCAGCUCGAAUAUAUGGAUUGGGAUCUUUGGCUUUGUAUGAAAAAGCUGAUAUCAAGGUUCCUGAAGACAAGAAGAAACACCUCCUUAUUGGUGUGUCCUCAGAUCGAGGACUGUGUGGUGCUAUUCAUUCCUCCAUUGCUAAACAGAUGAAAAGUGAGGUUGCUACGCUAACAGCAGCUGGGAAAGAAGUUAUGCUUGUUGGAAUUGGUGACAAAAUCAGAGGCAUACUUUAUAGGACUCAUUCUGACCAGUUUCUGGUGGCAUUCAAAGAAGUGGGAAGAAAGCCCCCCACUUUUGGAGAUGCGUCAGUCAUUGCCCUUGAAUUACUAAAUUCUGGAUAUGAAUUUGAUGAAGGCUCCAUCAUCUUUAAUCGAUUCAGGUCUGUCAUCUCCUAUAAGACAGAAGAAAAGCCCAUCUUUUCCCUUAAUACUGUUGCAAGUGCUGAGAGCAUGAGUAUCUACGAUGAUAUUGAUGCUGAUGUGCUACAAAAUUACCAAGAAUACAAUCUGGCCAACAUCAUCUACUACUCUCUGAAGGAGUCCAGCACUAGUGAGCAGAGUGCCAGGAUGACAGCCAUGGACAAUGCCAGCAAGAAUGCUUCUGAGAUGAUUGACAAAUUGACAUUGACAUUCAACCGUACCCGCCAAGCUGUCAUCACAAAAGAAUUGAUUGAAAUUAUCUCUGGUGCUGCGGCUCUGUAAGUAAUUGUAGAUUGUUGCCUUCAGAGAAUUUUUUUUUUCCUCUUGCUGUGUCUGCUUGUUUGGAUGCUUAAAAGUUUUUGUUUUUGUCUUUUGAAGUUGAAAUGACUCAUUGCUGAAUCUUGCAUCCUAACUCUUACGCUAUGAAGAUGUGGUAAAAAUGGGAUCUCUUUGGUUUAUUUUUAUUGUUUCAGCUGGAAACACUCGGGCUUAGUUUUCACUUUUCUAAAGCAUUAGGAAUGGGAUGUGGAUAAUUCCGUAUUAUUUAUGAAAUCUUUUUUUGGAAUUUAAACAAUUGUAAGCUUUCUGAGUUACAGGGCUAGUUUCAGAUUUGGUUUUACAUAAAUCUAUAAACCAUUGCAUGUUGGGAAGGUCCAGGAAUUUUUUAAUCAUUAUGUUUUCUAUGUCAGUACCAAAAGAUAGUAUAGCCAUCCCUCAGUAUCUGCAAGUGAUUGGUUCCAGAACUCCCUCUCACCUCCCCCAGGAUACCAAAAUCUGAAGAUGCUCAAGUCCCUGAUAUAAAAUAGCACAGUAGUGCAUAUAACAAAUGCACAUCCUCUCAUAUACUUUUAAUCAUCUCUAGUUAUAAUGCUAUGUAAAUUGUUGUUGUAUUGGUUUUUAUUUUUAUUAUUUUAUCGUUAUUUUUGUCUUUUUUCCAAAUAUUUUCAUCAGCUUUGGUUGAAUCCAUGGAUACUGAGGGCCAACUAUAUACUGCUUUCCUCAAGAAAAUUUCUUAGUUGUUGAAAAACUUUAAUGUUUAUGAAAAAAAGGUUAAGACAAUGGGAAUUUCAAAAAGUUAUUAAGUUGAAUACCCACUAUGUGCACAGUACAGUGCUAGACACAGUGUUAAGGAUGUGAUUCUCUCUUUUAAGGCACUUAUAGUCUAAUAGGGUAAGAAACAUACAAGUAAUUGUGAUUAGAUAAAAAUGGUGGUAAGUUCUUUUUGACUCGUUCCUUCUUACCUCCUACUAAUCAGUUACCAUGCUAAGUUUCACCUUCUGUCUCUUGAAUCUUUCCCCUUCUUUAUGCGCAUUUAAUGCAGAUCCUUGUCAUUUCUCUCCUGAGUUCAAAAAGGUAAUUAUUUGAGUGCCCCUUAAGUGUCAGGCCCUGUGCUAGACACUGAGAAUAUAGUGGUAACAAUAUUUGUUUUAACAGUAAAGACAGACACUAAAUAAGAAAUCACAGCAGAACAGAGGUUACUAAACUGUGGCCUGGAGCCAAGAGUGGUUUCUACAUUUUUAAAGAGUUAUAA